AAGUAUUUUGAACUAAAUCACUAUCAUAACGUAUUUAUUUUAAAAAUCAGCUGUUUGUCCUGGUCUUUUUUGAGGGGAUAAAAAUAGUUGUCAUCUCGUCUCUCUGCGAAUGAUCAAUAAAUUUCGAACGAAAUAUUCAUCCGGAACAAGUGGAUAUUAGAAAAAACGUAUAGAAAAAUCUCGACGCUUUUAUGUACGGGAAGUGACAAUGAUAUGGUUGCGCCAAGUGUGGCCCAUUUUAGCCUUAUUCUUCCUCUUCCUGGAGGGACAAACGACCUCAACUCGAACAGGUGAUCCAUACAAAAUAUUGGGCGUUAAACGUGCUGCGACUAGUCAAGAUAUUCGAAAAGCUUACAAAAGAUUAGCCAAAGAAUGGCAUCCGGAUAAAUCAGGACAUCCCGACGCUGAAAAUAAAUUUGUUGAAAUUAAACAAGCUUAUGAAUUACUCUCAGACCCUGAUCGACGUUUUAAAUAUGAUCAAAAUGGGAUUACCGAUGAAGAUUUUAAUUAUCAACAUGAUAAUAUAAGAUAUAAUUUUGGUUAUGAUGAUUUUUUUGGUGACGGAAGGUUUUAUGCACCUAAUAAUGAUAUAACUUUUUUUCAUAAACUUACUAUAACUACAAGACAUUUUGAUAAAAUAAUUUUCCCAAGAAGCAGUAAAACCCCUUAUUUCAUAUUCUUUUAUACGGACUGGUGUUUUUCUUGUAUGCAAGCUGCACCUUAUAUGCGAAAAUUAGUAGAUUAUGUUGAACCUUAUGGCAUUAAUUUUGUUACAAUUCAAGCUGAUAAAGAACCUAAAUUAAAAAGACGUUUAAAUGUUCACACUUUGCCUUGUUUAGUACUACUUUUAGAUGGAAACAUCUAUGUUUAUAAAGAAACAAUUACUAGUUUACAAAGAAUAAUCGAUUUCCUUCGAAGAAAACUGCCAUAUAAAUUAGUACCAUCCAUAGAUGAAACAGAUGUUGAAGAUUUUUUAAAUGGUUGGACAGAUAAUCGAGUUAGAGCUUUAGUUUUUGAACCAAGGAGUUUAAUUAGAUUAAGAUAUUUAAUUACAGCUUUUCACUUUAGAGAUAGAGUAGCAUUUGGAUUUGUUGAAUCUGAAGAGUUGCGUGUUAAAUAUCAAAUACCAAGUGAUAUGGACGCUGUUUUAAUGUUUAAUGAAAAUUCAUCACGACCAGUUGCUAGUAUUACCAUGAAAGAUAUACCUACCACUACUUUACAUCAUAUUAUUACUUCAAAUCAAUUUUUAGCUUUACCAAGAUUAUCAUCACAGGAAGUGUUGGAUUCACUUUGUCCAUGUGAAUGGAAUAAACCCAGAAAAAAACUUUGUGUUGUUUUGGUGACUUCAACAUCAAGUAAUCAUGAUGUUCACAGGGAAACUUUUAGACUUUACGCACAAAAUGCUCCUUAUAGUAUUGAUAAAGUUCGAUUUGCUUAUAUUUAUCAUGAUAAACAAAUUGAGUUUGUUAAUGCUUUAAUACCAGAGGGUAAAUUAGUAGAACCUCUUCUAAGAAUCGUAAUAUUAUGGCGUAGAGACACUCAACAUGUAAAAUAUGAAUGGGCCGAUGAAAAAUGGGAAUAUGAAGAAAAUAUGAAUGAUACAACACAAAAAUUAGAAAACACGAUAAGCCGAUUAUUACGUUCAACGGAAGCUUUAACUUACGAAGCGUUUGUAAAAGAAUUAUUUGAUGAACACGCAAAAGGAAUCGUCGGUAGAGUGUUCUCAAAAAUUCGCACCAUUUGGUUAUCAAUAUACGAUGGAUUAAGCAAAGAACAAAUCCUCCCUGCUUUAUCCGUUUUGGGAACAGUCGCUUUUAUUGUUAUAAUUGGUUUCGUUAUGACGUAUUUUGUGCGGAUCGAAGAAGAAAAAAUAAACGCCACCAAAAGUUCAGUAACAAACAAUAACGUAUCAAAUGGAUCAAUUUCCGUUUAUCAACCGGAACUGAAAAUUCAUGAACUUCGAUCAGAAAAAUAUCACGGCUUGGUGAGACUUUUAAAACCGGGAUGUCGUACGAUUUUACUCAUCUUAGAUAUGCAAUCGAGACAACAAUUAAUUCCACCGUUUCAUAAAGCUGUUUGGCCAUACAGGAAAAAUAAAACAUUAAUGUUUGCUUAUAUGUAUAUCGAACGAGGAAUAAGUUGGUUUAAAGAACUUUUGGAACUAUCAAUAAUGGAUACAAGAGAAUUAAAAAUACAAAAUCCUAGAAAUUGUGUUGGAACUGUUUUAGCUUUAAAUGGCCACAGAAAAUAUUUUUGUAUGUUUCAUGCAAAACACACAGAAUUAAAUCAUGGUUUAAGAAAAAAAUUGAAGUUAUAUUCGAUUCAAAAAAAGGAUUUAGAAACAGCUGCUUUUAUUGCUUUUGAUGAAUCAUCAUCAUCAGAUUCAGAUAAAGAAGAUGUGCUAUUGGAAGGUGAUCUUUUAGAUGGAUUACCAAUUUGGCUCGAUAAAUUAUUUGAAGGAACGACGCAACGUUUUCGCAUUAAUUACUGGCCUGAGUUUCCAAAUAAAUAAAAAAAAUAACUCAUUUUUACGAGUUUUUGGGUCAGACUUAGAUAAUUUUAAUUAAUUGAAUUUUAAUCUAAAUCGAAAAAAAAAGGAAACUGUAAUUGUUAGUAAAUUUACAUUUCGUAGGAACAAUCAAGUAUUAUGAAAAAAAUAAAAGGGAAAAAAGAAUGAAACAAUUUUCGAAGCGAUCUUUAUACUGUUAUAGGGUAUAGGAAAAUUUAUUACUACUAUUUAAUGAGAUAGAUAGGGUAACUACGAAUGAAGUAGCCUUUAUUCAAAUAAUUAAUUAUAAAUAAAUUAGAGACGCCACUUAAACAAUUAAAAAAUAGUGCAUUUUUUAAUUGAGACAAGUCACUAAGAUAAAAAAAACUAUUUGUAACAAGUUUAUCUAGUCAAACUCGAAACGUUCAUAAAUAUAACUAUUAAAGAAAAAAAAGCUAGCUAAUAUUAAACUUUAAAGCUUAGUUAUAUAGUUUAAUUUUUUUAUAUUGUGUUUCUUGUACAAGAUGGCGCAUUUUAUUAAAUACAAGAUCGUUUUUUCACUUUUAAACAAAAUGUUAGUUGAAUGAACACAUUUAAUCUUAUAAGUAUAAUUAGAUGCCAAUCACAUAAUUUAUUAAUUAAUUAUAGAUAUGGCGUAAAUAUUUAUUUUAUGCGUAAAAAAGAAUAACAUUUUCAGUAGGUAGUUGUGAAUAGAGAUGCAAUGGAUGUAAUCAUAAUACAGUUGCCAUUAAAUUUAAAUAUGUUAAUAUAAUUGGGCUAAAUUUA